GGCAAGUCCCUCCUCCGCCUCGGCAGUGCGGGCCGCCUCCCUCCCUCCCCCGGCCGUAGUCUCCUCCGGCGGCAGCGGCGGUGCCCGCCGGCCCCAUGGCGGCGGAGCCCCAGCCCAAGGCGCUGACUCGCAAGCCCCUCCUGCUCAACAAAGUGGAGGGGUCGCAGGAGGUGGUGAACAUGGCAGCGAUAGUGCCCAAGGAGGACGGAGUCAUCAGCGUCUCCGAAGACAGAACAGUUCGUGUCUGGCUGAAGAGAGACAGUGGGCAGUACUGGCCCAGCAUAUAUCAUGCAAUGCCAUCUCCAUGUUCAUGCAUGUCUUUUAACCCGGAAACCAGAAGGCUGUCCAUAGGUCUAGACAAUGGUACAAUCUCAGAAUUCAUUUUAUCAGAAGAUUACAACAAGAUGACACUAGUGAAAAGUUACCAGGCUCAUCAAAGCAGGGUCAUCAUGAUUCUGUUUGUCCUGGAGAUGGAGUGGGUGCUGAGCACUGGACAAGACAAACACUUCACGUGGCACUGUUCGGAGAGUGGCCAGCGGCUGGGGGGGUACCGCACCAGCGCAGGCGCCUGCGGCCUGCAAUUUGAUGUGGAAACCCGGCAUGUGUUUGUUGGUGACCAUUCUGGACAAGUCACCAUCCUGAAACUAGAGCAAGAGUCCUGCAGCCUUGUUACCACAUUUAAGGGACACACAGGUGGUGUCACUGCUCUCUGCUGGGACCCAAUACAGCGAGUUUUAUUCUCAGGCAGUUCUGAUCAUUCCAUUAUAAUGUGGGAUAUUGGAGGAAGAAAAGGAACAGCCAUCGAGCUGCAAGGACAUAAUGAUAAAGUUCAGUCUCUCUCCUAUGCUCACCACACCCGGCAGCUCAUCUCCUGUGGUGCAGAUGGGGGAAUCGUUGUCUGGAACAUGGAUGUUGAGAGGCAGGAGACCCCAGAGUGGCUGGAUAGUGACUCCUGUCAAAAAUGUGACCAGCCUUUCUUCUGGAACUUCAAGCAAAUGUGGGACAGUAAGAAAAUAGGCCUCAGGCAGCAUCACUGCCGGAAGUGUGGGAAAGCCGUGUGCGGGAAAUGCAGCUCCAAGCGCUCCUCCAUCCCGCUGAUGGGGUUCGAGUUCGAAGUGAGGGUCUGCGACAGCUGCCACGAGUCCAUAACAGAUGAGGAGCGGGCGCCUACAGCUACUUUCCAUGACAGUAAGCACAACAUUGUUCACGUACACUUCGAUGCCACCAGGGGAUGGCUGCUGACCUCGGGGACAGACAAGGUUAUUAAGUUGUGGGAUAUGACACCAGUAGUGUCUUGAUGUUACAGCAGUGGAACUUGAAAGGUGAUAUUUACAGAAGAAACGGAUUUCCUAACCCUAAUUAUACUGCAGAAGAUAGAUAACACUGGGUGCUUACGGCAGAUGAGAAAGGAACUAAUGUGUUUACAACAACUUUAUGUCCUCUGCUUGAUCCAGGCUGAGCAUUUGCACGAAGACUCUUUCCACUUCUUCUCAAAAUAUACAAGAAGGUAUUUUUUUAACUAACGGUUUGUACAAUCUGACUUUGGUUGUCUUGAGUUUGUUUGGAAAAAUCUGUGUGCAGUGCAAUUUUUAGUUUUUAUAUUUCACUAUGUCAAGAUAGUUGCUGCUUUGUACAGAGGGUUCUUGGGUUGUGUCUUCCUCUGUGAGUUUUCGGUGUCAACAGACUGUGUAAGGCAAUAGGCUCUCCCUGCAGCCAGUACCUGUUGGUUUGGGAUAUUUCUGCUGACCAUGCUCUCUUCAGAGGAGGAAAUCCAGGCAUGGUCUCUGGGUGCAUCACUGAGGAGCUGAUGGACUGUUGCAAAUGCUAAAAGGGCUCUACCAUCUACUUGUCUUAGUGGGCGUCAUCCAGAGAGCAUUCAUUGGUCUGCAAAAUCAUCCCGCCUCUUCCUUUGCUGCACAAGUCGCAGAACCAGGGGUCAGGUUAUUCAGCAACUGAUUUCUACAGAAAACUGAAAUAGUUUUCCAGCUCAGAGCACACAGACUUGUUUGAGUUUGUUGAUGAUGACAGUCUGAUUCAAGUUAUUGGCAACAGGAACUUUUCGGAGUGUGCAUGGAGGGGGGCAGAUCUAAAACUGGUCUAGAUCUGAAAAGUCUGGUUUAUCUCUACCUCUACCUCUACCUUGCACAGCAGCAUUUCAGCAUUUAUACCUGUCUGUGUUGUUGAAGAUGAAUUUUGUUUUUCCUGUUUUCCAUAUGGUUAGUCAUAUUUAUUUUUCAAAAUGCUGAUGGUUUUUAUUAAUUUUCUCUAUAGACCCAAAUUGAUAUUGCUGAAUGAUGCCCAUUGUCCUGUUGUCAUACUUUACAGUUUCUCUUAAAAAUAAACAGUAUUUAAAAACCUG